GGGGGGGGGGUGGAGAGCUGCUGCGGCUGAGGACCAGCAGAUUGUGUUUUGACACUUCAAGAUGAGCCGUUUCCUGAAUGUCCUCCGUAGCUGGCUAGUUAUGGUGUCCAUUAUUGCCAUGGGGAACACAGUGCAAAGCUUCAGAGAUCACAGUUUCCUCUCUGAGAAACUAUACACUGGCAGACCAAGCCUCGUAAAUGGCCUUCAGGCUCGGACCUUUGGCAUUUGGACCUUACUCUCCUCUGUAAUUCGCUGCUACUGUGCCAUUGAUAUCCGCAACAAGACCCUCUAUAACAUCACACUUUUGACCUUCUUCCUUGCCCUCGGCCACUUCCUCUCUGAAGUGUUUAUUUAUGGCACAGCAGCUGCUACAAUCGGUGUCUUGGCACCCCUAAUGGUGGCAAGUUUCUCCAUCCUGGGUAUGCUGAUUGGGCUGCAAUAUCUUGAAGUAGAAGCAACAUCGCAGCUCAAGAAACGGAACUGAAGUUACGGAUCCCAUAUCUGUCGGAUCAGCCUCCCAGCCAUCUUCCAGUGUCUACUACCACAUUGCCUCCUUGACUUUCCCUCUUCAUCCCGUACCCUGCAAGUGGUCAGAUCGUUCUUGGGACUUCAGUCAUCCUUUCUUUUGUUUGCAAUUGAUUUUGAUCUGAACAGGCAGUACUUGACCUGCAACCAGUGGCAGACGCGGAGACCUGAAGAGCUGUUCUAAACUGGGUGUGGGUUUCCCUGGUGGAGGGCGCCCUCCUGCAUUGCAGGGGGUUGGACUAGAUGACCCUUGGGGAUCCCUUCCAACUCUAUGAUUCUUAAAGCAUCCUCAGUUCUGGUGGUGGGAAGGGAAGAGAGGGCUAUAGAUAUCUUGCCCCCAUCACCUUUGCAGGGGAAGGGAAAUGUAGUGCUGCCCCAAAUCCAGUGGAGACUGGUAUUGUGUGAAGAGGCCAGACCAAAGUCAUCAUGGCACAUAGUAGCUGUGUGUUUGUCCAUAAGCACGGUUUUUCAAUAAACAGGCAAAAAUUGUGCAGAACUGCAGCUUCUUUUUAUCUGGUAGGGAAAAGGAGAUAGCAGAUUGUCUGUUUGUCUGUCUCACUCCUUAGCAAGAGGUACCAUGACUUUUUGUAUUCUUCAUUUUAAGUUCUGGGGAAUCUGCUUUGGCAAUUUCCCCUUUAACAGGUUAGGCUAUAGUUCUAGAUAACAUCUCCCUAUUCUCCUCACCUGUCCUCUCAUUCCUUCCUAAGGUAGCUGUGUUACUUCCUUCAAGUCUCCAUUUGGCACACUAAAUUCAAGCGUAAGCAGGUGACUUCUGUAUAGUACUGUUCUUGACUGCCUUAUGAGAAGAGCUAGACCAAACCUCAGGCUUGGAAAAGAAGCUUGGCAUAGCAAGCUAGUUAAAAAA